AAGGCCUUCGGCCCAGGGGGCACCUGAUGCGAAAAAGCCCGAGCUGCCUGCUGAUUCAUCAGUGGCAGCGGAGCCUCCGAGAAGGGGGCCUGAGUUUUGAUGGAGAAUGGCGGUGUGGCCUGGCGAGACAGGGAGCCACCUCCCUCUUUCGAUGGAGGAGAUCCAGAGAAGUUCAAGGAGUGGACCAGAGAACUUCAGCUCUGGCGGCAUGACGCUGAGGUGCCGGUCAACAAGCAGGGCGCUGUGGAGGGCAUGCCAAGGAGGCGAUCUUGGAGCUCACGGUGACGGAGAUCACAGCGUGGACAAGAUCAUCAACAAGUUGAAGGAGCACUUUGCUCCCUUCACAGAGAACGCUCUGCCCAAAGCCUUCGAGAAGGCAGUGUGUGGAGACAGCAGUGUAUGGAGACAGCAGGAAGAGCAAGGAGUCCUUCAGCCAGUUUGAGGAUGGGCGCAGCCUUCAACGCGCUCAAGGAGGAAGGUGUGAACCUGGACAGCGUAGUACGAGGAUAUGUGAUGUUCAGGCAGGCCAACCUCAGCGACGCCGAACCAGCUGGUGACGUGGGCCAAUGGCAAGUAUGGUCUGAGAAAGCUGGAGAAAGUGGGCAAAGAUGGCGGGAAGCAUUCUUUCUUGACUGAGGAGGAAGAGAGCGAGGCCCUGGAGAACUACCUUCAAGAAAUUGAGGAAGGGGGCUCCGAGGACUUUGUGUUCCUUGGGGAGAAGGACCUGACCGAUGUGCUCGAGGAGCCUGAGGUGCAGGCGGCGCUCGCGACCUACCAGCAGGUCCGUCAGGCUCUUCGGGAUCAGCCAGGGCAGAGGAGGGAGAGACAGUUAGACAGGGCCUUGCCCAUCUUUUUGUAGUC